AUGGCGUCACCAGAGCCGGAGGCGGAAGCAGUUCCACGUGCAGAGGCGGAUCAGUUGGACUUGGCGGUUCUUCCAGAGUGCAAGACCGUCCUCUGCGGGGCGCGCAACACCGUGCGAACUCUGAUCUGUAUCAAGACGCCGCCCCUUGCAAGCUCCGCGAGCCGUGCGCCAAUAGAGGUGGCAUGUGUCUUGGACCGUUCCGGCUCCAUGCGGGGAGCCAAACUGGCAUUUGCGAAGCGUGCCUGUGCGAAACUUGUGAAGCACUUGGACGUUCAGGAUACGCUCCAUUUCAUCGCUUAUGACCAGGAAAGCCAAACCAUCUUCACAGAUGGUGACCUGUCGGAGAUAGGAAAAGAGAAUCUCAAGACCCAGAUCCAUGCAGUGCGACCUGGCGGAGCAACCAAUCUCUUCGGAGGUCUUCAAUCUGCUGCACAUCUGCUGCUCGGCUCAUCCGCUGGUACUCCAGACGAGGCCAAGGUCAAGCGUAUCUUUCUUUUCAGUGAUGGAUGUGUGAACUCGGGUGUCACAGACCCUGCGCAUAUUUGCAGAGAAGUUGCUGCUUGGACUGAGUUGGGCAUAACCACGGCGACGUUUGGAAUCGGAGCGGACUUUGACGAGCCGUUGAUGCGUGGAAUCGCCGAAGCUGGCAAGGGUCGAUACACGUUUCUUGCUACUGCCCCUGACAUUCCUCGAUUGGUUUCGAAAUCUAUCCACGACCUCUUGAAGCUGUUUGGCAGUGAAGCUGUUUUGGAUAUCCGCGGGGGGAUGCACACCGUCGUUGACAAGGCCUACGGGGGCGAUGACGAGGACGAGGAAGUGUCCAAUGCAAGCACAGGACUCUUGCAUUUGGGGGAUCUGCACGCGGACAACGAACGCAUGGUGCUGCUGGAGCUUACGAGCUCUCCACCCGGAGAUUUUGGCCCGGGCAGGAGCAUCAGGGCUGCAGAGUGGAUGCUAUCGUAUCUGCGGAACGGAGCCACCGUGCAGUUCUCAGGCACCCUUGAGUUGACGACCACUGCUGACCGUGGGCGAGCCCAGGAGCAUCCAGCCGUGAAAGCAAUGUUCACGCUCCGCCGUGCUGCGGAUCUCGAACGCGAGGUCGCCGAACACCUCCAACAAAGAAAUUUGAUUGCUGCUCGAGACGUGAAGACGCAGCAGCUUCUUCUGCUGUCGCAGGCGCUGAGCUCGUUGGAAGGCGUCGAGGAAUCCUAUGUCCUCGCCCUUCAAAGAGCCUACCAGAGGGCUCAGCGAGUAGCAGAGCAGCUUCAAACUAGCGAGGACAUGGAGCUCACCCGUCGACAGUGCGUGCAUGAAUGUGACCGCAUGGAUGCAAUGAGUCUUGGUGGCUUCUCCGAUGGUCGAGACUCGAGCGUUUGCAGUGACAUUGCAGACAACGAUGCCUUCUCCACCGGCUCAGCUGGCUCGGUGGCCAGCAUCUUAAGCAUUGACAGCUACAGUCCGAGAGAAGCCCGCAUCCCUCAGUCUCAGGAUUCUCAGGCCCAGCAGAGUCGGGAACUUACCCGACGUGUCUCUCAGGGUUACAUGAGCCGUUUCUGGAGGUGGUGCUCCGAGCAGCCCUGUGGAUGUUUCCACAUACGUUCACUACCUUACAGGCCUGUUCCAAAUGUUUCAAGCACAGACGCUCCAGAUCCAGAGGAGCCUCGGUGA